AUGACUUCGUCCUUUCUUCAAUCAGAGCUCACAAGCCUGAUCUCUGACUCCAAACGCAAAUUCAGCGAUGUUCGUACCGCCGCUGAGAAGUCCUUGGGAGACCUCAAAGCCAUCACUGUCACUUCUGAAACCCAGCUGGCGGCAGACCUGUCACGGAAACCAGGCUUCAUUGACUGUUUUCUUCUAGCCUGUCAGACCAAGAAUGCAAAGCUUGCCAACUCAGCAACCAAUUGCCUACAGCGUCUGAUAGCCAGCAGGGCUGUCGCUCCGGACAGGCUCGAGGAUGUUCUGGGAGCGCUCAAAGAUGUCGUCAACACGAGCUACGACGUGCAAUUGAAGAUCUUGCAAACGCUCCCGGCUUUGCUGCAACUGUACUCUCCUCAAAUCCACGGAGACCUCCUUGCAAGGAGUCUGGAAAUAUGUGCAGUGCUACAGUCCAGCAAGACGCCUCUGGUCAGCUCAAGUGCCGGGGCAACUCUAUGGCAACUGAUCUCCUCUGUCUUUGAUCAAGCCGCACAGCAUUCGGCCAAUGGGACACAGGACGCACAUGAUGCGGAAGCUGGGGAUGGCAAGAACGCACCGGCCGAUGACGCUGCGCGACUUUUCCACGAUCUAUGCGUAUCCCUCAACGACAAGGAGCCCAGCUUCAUCGAAGUCGACACUUUGGCCCCCUCUUACCUGGUCGAAACACUUAUCAAGGUCAUUGAUGAAAACUCCGCGUACAUCAAAUCUAGGCCACCUCUGAUUGCUGCGUGCCAGGAUGAACUGAUUCCCGCAAUCACGAAUCUGCUCGAGAGCGUUGACGAUGCACAAGCCUUGACGCCCCUGCUCAGGUUGUCAAAUUUACUACUGCAGAAACUCGCUCCGAUGGUUUUCGCGGGUAUGAAGCCUGUCUUCAUACUCUUACUGAAGUUCACUGACAGAGAGCAUCCUCCCUGGAAACGAUCUCUUGCACUCGAGUUCUUUACGAGAUUGUUCGCCAAUUUUGGUCUCAUUGCACGACUCUUCGAUGAGUCCAAGGACGACGGUGAUAAUGUUGUUGUGAAGGCCCUGGGGACCUUUGUUAGGAUCUCCUCUGAAGAUCCUGUUCUCAUCGGGCUUGGCCGCCAGUCGACUAUGCCUGCCCAGCGUGGAAGCGAAGCACAGGAGGACGACAUGGCAGCGAUCGAGGCACAGGGCGCCAGUGGCCUUGCAUCAGUGAGCUCAGCGGAUGCUACUGCCACAGGCAUUAGUCUCGAAUUUAGCACCCUUGAGACACCUCUGUUAGACACGUCAGACCCAUCCAAGGCUGGGACGAUACCGAAGACGUAUAACCACACCUUGAUUCUCGACAGCAUCUCCGCCUUCUGUGACGGCCUCUCCAAGUUCAUCAUGCCGUUGAGUGUCCUGUCGCGAACGCAGGAAGAUCAGGAGGACGAGCCAGAAGCGGAGAACGGCCGAAGGAGUCAGUCAGUUACCAGAGCUGCGUCCGGUCGCAAACAAAUUCAGAGGAACAAAUAUCAGCGACUAAUCAACCCUCUCAAAAUCAAGGAUCUUCCACAGCUGCCACAAGUGCAAGCUUGUUCGAAAAUGGCAGAGAGCUGCUGGCCCGCCAUACUUGCCAUGUGCUCCACCUUUCUCAACGCAGCCUUGGAUUCUCACUUCUACCAUGUGCUCAUCAGAUCCAUCCAGAAAUUGGCUCAAGUGUCCGGCACGCUGGAUCUUUCGACUCCUAGGGACGCUUUGCUCACCAGUCUAGCCAAAGGCUCGAUACCCGCGAAUACCGCGUCGUUCCUUCAGCUUGCCUCGCCCGCGAUGAGGCGGAAACCUAGCAUUGAUCAGCAGGAGCCGAGCACACCUAUCAAGUCGCCUCCGCUAGACUCCAGCAGACAAUCGCUUGAUACUCCACGACAGACGCUCAAUGUUCGACAUCUGCUCUGUUUGAGAGCUCUCUUGAAUCUUGGGAUAGCGUUAGGUCCUUCACUAGCACAAGACUCAUGGUUUAUCAUUAUCGAAACACUCCAACAAGCCGAAGCUCUGAUAGCUGUAGCAUCGGCUGGCAGAGUCUCGCAGAACGGGAGCCAUGAAGGACAGACGACUAUCACGAGCGAAAUCGCUGCUGUCAACGGCGCUGCCAAGAAGAUGAUGGAAAGCACAAGAUCAUAUCCGGACGCUGCCUUCGGCAUUGUCGUUGGUGCCAUACUUCGAUUGAUGGGCGAUGAUUCUCAGAGCAACGGCGUGUCGAAGUCGGAGAGCAUGCUGUCGCCCGCCCCGGCAUCCUCGCCAGGCGGCUUGGCUUCACCGACUAUGGCUAAGCAUGGACAUAAGGUGUCCAGAAGCGUGUCGGGAAUCUGGGUAAAGACCAAAGCCCUUGACGUAGAGAUCGCGUUCGCUCUACAGAAGCUUAGAGAUCUGUCACGACUCAAUCUUCAUCGGUUCGUCGCUCUUGAGUCUCAGGAGGUGACCUGGGACUUGAUAGUCGCGCGCCUGCUGAAGGCCUCACAAAGUGAUGACAUUCACAACAGUCUACGACAGCAGGCGGCCAGCACGGUCGACUCGAUUGCGAUGGAAGCCAUUAAGCUCAUCAAGGCCGACGAAAGUGAAGAAGCUGAAGUUGAUACGGUACAAUGUUUGUGUUUGCAAUCACUCGCGGACCAGUUGGAGGACUCCGUGACCACGGACGACGAGCUUACAACAGAAAUCAUCAAGCUCGUCUUCGAGGCCCUAGAAGACAUUCUUGGUCACAGUGGAGAGUCACUACGGCAGGGUUGGACGAUAGUAUUCCAGAUACUACGGAAGAGCUUCCCCUCAGUGACUGACCAAGAGCACGCGGAAGGACUAUCACCGUCAACACCAGUGGCUUUCCGAUGCGUACAAUUGGUGUGCACUGACUUCGUGGAGCUUCUUCAGCUUGAGUCGCUAAAAUUACUCCUGUCUCUCCUGUACAUGUUUGGAUCGCAGCAGUAUGACACGAACAUGGCUUUGACCACUACAGGCUUGCUUAGGAAUAUUGCCGCACUUCUUCAGCAUCGGACGGAUGUCCUCGAUGUCUCGGAAACUGACAUCCACAACGAGGACAACGAUCAAGGAAAAGAAAGCACGCCUGUCCAAUUGUGGUGCGCAUCUCUUGACGAACUGGCCAAGAUGUGUAGCGACACUCGGAAAGAUGUCAGAGAUGCUUCGAUCAGAAUCCUGCUGCAGACCAUGGACUCGGCCAGCUCGCAGCUCACGCCAAUGGCCUGGAAUGUGUUGAUCGAUGCUAUCCCCAUAGCAAUUCUGCAAGACUACCAGGCUGCACUCAAUCAGGAAGGGAUCGAUCGUGAGCACUUGUCAGCGUCCGCAUCUCAUUUGACGCAAGGCCUGACAGACCUUAUCGUCGAGAACAUGGCUGCCAUCGUCAGGGACGAGAACUUUGCAGACACAUGGUCAAGAUUGCACGACAUUUUCAACGUGACCUUGGAAGGUGGACAGCUUUCUACCAUUUCGCUGGUUUAUACUUGCAUAUCCCGACUGCUGCAGGCCACUGAUGUUCUGGAUAUGGACCAUUCGUCCCUCAUCGAGCCCAUGCUGAUGUUAUGGGCCUGGCAUCCAGUUCCGGAGCAGCACAACGACAGCGCCGAUGUAUCAAAUCAAGCUGCCCUCAGCGCACAUCUCCACGUGCUCAGGCAGGCAUAUACGACUUGUCCGGCAGCUGUACAGAGCUUCGCGCAUCGUAAGAAGAGCAUCAGCGAUUAUGCAACGUCUGCGGUCAGAGAGUCACUGCUUAAGGCCGUCCAUCCACCGUACACCAACGACGUCAAGGUAAUGACCAGCGAACAGCAGGAGGCAGCUUCGUGCCUUGACAUCAUACGAGCGCUGUUCUCUAACGAGCUCGACAACUUUUGCGGCUUCGUACUCGAGCUGAUAGAGGAGAUGCUGGACAUCAAAGAAGGCUCGUUAGUACCUCGACCCGAGCAAUCUGCUGUGUCCAAGAAGAGCCAAAAGCCGACUUAUAUCGCUGUUGCAUCCCACUGUAUCGAUCUGCUGCGUGGUGUCGCAGAGGAGGUCAAGGGGAGGAAAGACUAUGCUGCUAUCGUCCAACUACCUUAUGCACUCGACAUGCUGUCUGCAAUCAUCAAAACGAAGUACACUCCGAUCCCGACGAACGCCGCGGGUCCGAUCUGGCGCAAUGCUACGGUCACAGCUGUAGUCGUGCUCGAAGGGUCCUUGUCGUCACUGGGAGGAUUUGACGGUAUCACAGACGUCGCCAGGUACAUCAUUGCUACCGCCACCGCGAUUCUUGGCUCGGACGGGUUGCAGAUUUCGAAAUCUCCUGCAGCCGAUACUCUUCGUGCAGAUGAAGCCUUCGACAGCGAACACUUCUUACGCUUUCACCACGCGGCAAUUCCUAUCAUUGCUCAAUCCGGUGUCUCCGCGCAGGCGAACGAGUACAUCCUCACAUUAUUCCGUUCCAGCCUGCUCUACACUCCAAGGGAUGGUGAACAGCCGCCGGACCUCCUCGGCAAGCCACUCCAAGCCUUUGAAUACCGAGUCAUCAGCCAAGACCCAAAACCCUUCCCACGGCAAACCAUUGCCUCCACGACAGCACUCAGCGCCCUGUUCGAUCUCCUCAGCCCGAAUAGCCCUCACUACCGGCCAAGUCUCGCAGUGGAGGCGGCCCCAUACGUCCUUCUGCGGAUUGCCCUACCUCUGAAGUCUUUCAACGCAAAUCAGAAGAUCCGAGGCCUAACUCCAUUGCCAGCAUUCAUGCAAGCAGAGUUGGUGCGUGUGCUUUCUCUGGCGCUCGAGCUCCGCGUCGACGAUGGUACUGUGCGUCGUGGCGUCGAGGCUGUGACUAUAGCGGCGGAUGCGGACUCACGGAGCAGGACUGAGAACGACACUUCGACCAGCGGAGGCGGAGGUGACGGGAAGGAACACCUCCGCAAGCUCUAUAGCCUGAUUUUAAAGACGCAGAAUGAGUGGCGACGCACGAUCCGCCUGCCGGUGGCUGGGCAAGGGUGGAUGGACAGAGAGGGCGGAAGAGGCAAGGCGAUCGAGGAGCUUAUGGAGCGAUGGGUAAGGGUUGUCAGUGAAGGAUGGGGAAUACCUUGA